UAGUGCAAAAAUAGGAGAAAUGAUGGCUCGAUUAAGCUACAUCGUGAUUAUCGGUAUUGCACUGAUGUGCGUUUUGGCAGAAGAAUUUUACUCCGAUCGGUUUGACAAUAUUGACGCCUCUAAUAUCCUUCAGAAUGACAAAUUGCGAGAGGAAUAUUACAAUUGUUAUAUGGAAAAGGGGCCAUGCCCAACAGAAGAUGCAAAGUUCUUUCAAGCGGAAGAACUGUAUUCCGAUAAAUACGACAACACUGACCCCAUGAGUAUCCUUCAAAACGAUAAAUUACGAGAUGAAUGGUACAAUUGUUUUAUGGAAAAGGCGCCAUGCCCAACAGAAGAUGCGAAGUUCUUUCAAGAAAUUUUUAGCGAAUCUCUUCAAACUAAAUGUAAGAAAUGUACUCAAAGACAAAAAGAGUUGCAGCUAAUAAUGAAGAAUUGGUAUGAACAAAAUAAUCCUGAACGCUGGAAAGCUCUAGUCACAAAGUCUAUUGAGGAUAUGAAAAAAAAGAACGCUGGUAGAUAAUUGCUGAAAUAAUCAACACGGAGAGCAUGGGAAGAACAGAAAAUGCUAAUAAUAUAUGAUAUUACUGAAUUUAAGUAUUU